AUGGCCUCGCUCAACUACACACCAUCGCUCCCCGCCACGGCCGCGUCCGCAGAGAAGAUGGUGAAGUUCGCCCUCUUCCCCAUCGAGACUCUUACCGCCUGCAUUUACAUCCUCGCUAAAGUCUAUACCAUCAUCUCCAACAGCACAUCUUCAAUUGGCAUUUCCUCGAUCUCAGAUGUUAGCGAGAUGUUAGCGCAUUACAUCAAAGCGAAAGAGCUAGUGGACUCCAAGGACACUGUCUGGCCGCUCAUUGUCAAAGAGCAAUCGCAGAUUUACAACAACAUCAUCGGGAUUAUAAAGACUGCAAUCGAGUGCCUUGUGGGCUCCUUCUUCGGAUCGUUCGUGGAAGAACACGAGAGGCUCAAGAUAUACCUGAAACCUCAGCGAAGUUUUUCCGCCAGCGGAUUGGCCAUACAUCGAGAUGGUACCGUUCUGAAAAGGGAUCUCAUCGUUCUGGAGCAGCGCAGGGUGAUGGACGCCUACAAGAAUGACCCCAAUCGACCGGAGUGCUUCUGGCUUCCAGAUCACCACAAGCAGGAAGAUUUCGAGGACUUCCUGAUGACAUUGGCCUGGGCUAGAGAGAAGCCUCUCAAGCGUAUGUUCACUGAGGAGUUCAAGGGAGCUUACCUGGAACAUGUACCAGAAGUCCAGGACGGUACAGCCUCCGACCACGUCAGUCUGACCGGUAAGUAG